AACUACAGCCGAUCAAGAAAGGACAUACGCUCUCUCCCAGAAAAUAUACAGUUCGAUGUCUAUUAUAAGCUUUACCAGCAGGGCCGACUCUGCCAGCUUGGAGGAGAGUUUUGUGAGCUGGAGGUGUUUGCUAAAGUACUGCGGGCUUCAGACAAAAGACACCUCCUGCACCACUGUUUCCAGGCCCUAAUGGACCAUGGUGUGAAAGUGGCCUCAGUUCUGGCAAACUCCUUCAGUCGGCGCUGCUCAUACAUCGCGGAGUCUGAUGCCCAUGUCAAGGAGAAAGCCAUUCAGUUUGGCUUUGUGCUUGGUGGAUUUUUGUCUGAUGCGGGCUGGUAUGGAGAUGCAGAGAAAGUGUUCCUGUCAUGCCUACAGCUGUGCACACUCCACAGUGAGGUCCUCCACUGUUAUCGGGCUGUGGAAUGCUGUGUCAGGCUGCUUCAUGUCCGUAAUGGCAACUGUAAGUACCACCUGGGGGAGGAGACCUUCAAGUUUGCCCAGUCUUACAUGGACAAACUAGCCAAAUAUGGCCACCAGGCCAACAAGGCAGCACUGUAUGGCGAGCUUUGUGCCUUGCUCUUUGCUAAAAGCCACUAUGAUGAGGCUUACAGGUGGUGUAUAGAGGCUAUGAAGGAAAUUACUUCAGGGCUGCCUGUCAAAGUUGUGGUUGAUGUUCUUCGACAAGCUUCUAAGGCCUGUGUGGUGAAGAGAGAGUUCCGAAAAGCAGAGCAGCUCAUCAAACAUGCAGUGUUUCUAGCAAGAGAACAUUUUGGACACAAGCAUCCCAAGUACUCUGACACGCUGCUAGAUUAUGGAUUUUACUUAUUAAAUGUAGACAACAUAUGCCAGUCAGUUGCUAUUUACCAGACUGCACUGGACAUCCGACAGUCUGUGUUUGGGGGGAAGAACAUCCACGUUGCUACAGCCCAUGAAGACCUGGCCUACUCCUCAUAUGUGCACCAGUAUAGCUCUGGGAAAUUUGACAACGCUCUAUUUCAUGCAGAACGUGCCAUAGACAUCAUAACUCACAUUCUGCCUGAGGACCAUCUGCUUCUGGCCUCUUCCAAAAGAGUCAAAGCCCUGAUCUUGGAGGAAAUUGCCAUUGACUCCCAUAACAAAGACACAGAAGAGCGCCUUCUGCAGGAGGCUCAUGACCUGCACCUCUCCUCACUACAGCUGGCCAAGAAGGCUUUCGGAGAGUUCAACGUCCAGACAGCCAAACAUUACGGCAACCUAGGACGACUCUACCAGUCCAUGAGGAAGUUCAAGGAGGCAGAGGAGAUGCACAUCAAAGCCAUCCAGAUCAAGGAGCAGCUUCUGGGCCACGAGGACUAUGAGGUGGCUCUGUCUGUGGGUCACCUGGCCUCCCUCUACAACUACGACAUGAACCAGUAUGAAGAUGCAGAGAGGCUCUACCUACGCUCCAUUGCUAUCGGUAAGAAGCUGUUUGGAGAGGGGUACAGUGGGCUGGAGUAUGACUAUCGAGGCCUGAUCAAACUCUACAACUCAGUGGGAAACUACGAGAAAGUGUUUGAAUACCACAAUGUGCUGUCCAACUGGAACCGGCUGAGAGACCGACAGUUUGCCGUGGCAGACGCCCUGGAGGAUGUCAACACUACUCCCCAGCAGACCCAGGAGGUGGUCCAAGCUUUCCUAUUGGCUCAGAGCCUGGGGCCCACUCGCCCUUGUCUUGGCUGAUUUGUAUGAGGGAAGAGAAAAACGCCCCAAUAUGAUGCCUUCAGUUGAACACAGAUACCUAGAAAUAUACAGCAAAUUCAAGCAUCCCUGGUAAGCUUGUUGGCUUUAUUGUCAACUGCUGCUGUGAGUGUACACACAGACAUUUAGUUGUGGAAAGAAGAAAGUAGAGAAGACUGUUGUCAAACCUCACUGACCCCACAACAAAACAUCAAGAUGCACCUCUAGAGCAGCUGCACCCCACAGAGAAGAGAAAGAGGGCACACAACUGAGAGGGAGAAAUGAAAAACAAAGGCAGUCAUCCUGAGAGGAUGACAUAUGGCCUCUCCUCUUCUCACAUGCCUUUUUCCUUUCAGUUUGGAAUUGAAGGAUGUUGUUGCUUUUGUAUUUGAACCAGUGCAGCUCUGGCAGAUCAAAACCAUGUUGACCAGGGCUUUGUACCUGACAGUAUCUGGACCCCACACACAUCCCACUUCCAUCAGCUUCAUCACUUGUGGACAGAAAUUGUCAAAUAUUUUUUGACACUUGUACAGUAAAAUAAUACAGCAGAUUGUACACUUAAGUUUCAUGUAAAGUCUUCUUGGUUAUUUUCUUUGCAAGGAAGUGAAAGUUGAUCUUACAAAUAUGUUAUGAACAUUUUGAACUUCUUGGUGGAGAGAGAGAAUAUAAAGAGUGGAACGUGUUGAACCAGUGGGUAUAUUGUUAAACAAAUAACAGGCUUCACAGGUCUUGUUUUCAGUUCAUGUGAUCACUUUUUCCAGCUUAGUACUGACAACAGAAAUAAAAUGCCAACAAUUUAUAUGCAAACGUGUAUGUUUAUGUAGCCCUUUGUUUAUGUUUUCCUACUGAGUGGGCCAUGAAUUGUAAAGGAUUUUCUCAACAUGUUUUUUUUAAAGCAAGGAACAUGGAUAUGAGUGAAAAGAGGAAGAUGCUACAUGUACAGAGGCUUGUAAACUGUUGGUCUUAAAGUGUGGCUUCAUGUAUGUGUGUGUGUGUGUGUGUGUGUGUGUGUGUGUGUGUGUGUGUGUGUCUCAGUGUACACAGAUAUAACCCUGGGUGCCCAAGGGCUCCACUGAUGACUACCUGCUUUAUACCAGCUUGUAGUUAUCAGUCUGUAAAUGGACCCAUACUUCUAAGUAUUAAAUAAAGUAUUAUAUCCUUAAGGGCAGUGGGGGCCAAUAUCAUAUAUUUGUAUGAGUGUGUAUGCAGGUGUUGCCAGCCUGUUGACCUGUGCAUUGGCUCUUCCUCUCCACUCCAUCCUGUCAGAUACCCCAUUAAUGCAAAGUAUUUUUUGUUUUUACUGGACCUUGUCGUUCCGUCAUACAGAGAGCGUCUCUGACUAAGUCUCAUGUUUUACUACAGAGUUUCACUGUCACACGUGCAAGGCUGUUGGUCUUUAGUCAUCAUGGGCUGAGAGGAAAACCAGCUCUGAAAACAUUUCAGUACCAUGGUGCUCACUUUGUAAUGUGUCCUGUCAGUGAAAAUGACCUAAAGUCAGAUCUUUCCUGUCUGAUGCUUCACUGACUGUGCUGGUUGGCCAUAGCUGCUGGUCUGCAUUAGUUCACUCAAACGAUCUACAGCAUGGUGGCUCCCAAACCUAUUUUCUUGUGCAUGUAACCAAGCCCACAUCAGAUCUGAGAGCUUAAAAACUAUAUAUCCACUUACAUUUGCUCAUUUUACAUAAACCUGUAAUGAACAAAAGUGCAGGAUGCAAGAUAGCCUAGAGCAGGGGUGGCCGAUUCCAAUCCUCGAGGGCC